AUGUUACUUGCUCGAGGUGCCGAUAUCAACCUAAAGGAUAAAGAUGGCUAUACACCACUGAUGAUAGCCAUUGAGAAAGGUUAUGAGAGUAUCGUUAACUUGCUUCUAGAAAGAGGCGUGGACAUUAUAGAUGAGCACCAUGGGACAAGGCCACAAUUUCUGGAAGAUACAUAUGACACAUUCAAACCUCUCCCCAGGUACUAUAUCAGCGACGUCAUGAGCAAACCCGGUGGCAGAGUAGUUUUGUGGGCUGUCAGGCAUCAACAAGAGAGUAUCAUCAAGCUACUGCUAGAUAGGAGCCCAGAGGCUGAUCUGAAGAAACUUUAUGGCCCGCUGGUUCUCAUCUGGGCCGCUAUGGGUGGAUACAAAGGCAUUGCUGAGUGGCUGAUCGAGAGGGGUGUUGAAGUUGACUUCAAAGGGGGCUAUGACAACUUUGAAGGGGGCUAUGACAUUUUUGAAGGGGGCUAUAACAGGAGCCAGACGCCAUUGUCACUUGCUGCAAUUCAUGGGCAUAAUGAUAUUGUUAAGCUCCUUAUUGAAAAAGGAGCUAAUAUUGAGGCAAGAUAUGAAGGAGGUCAGACGCCGUUGCUAUUUGCUGCUGAGCAUGGGCAAAAUCAUACCAUUGAACUACUUCUUCAAAAAGGGGCUAGGAUUGACGUACACGAUAACAGAGGCCGGACGUUAUUGCUAGCUGCUGCUGAGCAUGGGCAAAAUCAUACUAUUGAGCUACUGGUUGAAAAGGGAGCGAGUAUUGCGGUAGAAGAUAAUGGUGGCCGGACGCUAUUAUCACUUGCUGCUGAGCAAGGGCAUAAUAGCACUAUUAUGCUUCUACUUGAAAAAGGAGCUGAAAUUGAGGCAAAAGAUAAUAAUUGGCCGAACACCGCUAUUAUUGGCGGUUAG